AUGACCAAGCAUGUCGUUGUAGUUGGAGCCGGCAUCGUAGGAUUGUCGACGGCAUUGGCGCUCUUGGACAAAGGAUUCAAGGUCACCAUUCUCGCUCAAUGGCAACCGGGAGACUUCCACAUUGAGUAUACAUCGCCUUGGGCAGGCGCUCACUGGCGUACAAUGGCCCCCAACUCGGAUAAGCUACUGCAAGGAUUCGAUGCUACCACUUACCGCAAGUUUAUGCAACUAUCAAGAACGCAUCCCAAGGAAACAGGAAUUAUGAUUAUCCCGAGCACGGAUUACUAUGAUGAGUUGGUACCAGAAACCACUGAUCCAUGGUUCCGUCACCUUGUUUCUGAUUUCCAAUUCGUCCCAAAGGAAUCCUUACCACCUGGUGCCAAAAUAGGACAUCGUUACACCACAGUGGUUGUAAAUGCACCCCACUACAUCCGAUGGCUGCAACAUCAAUUUAUUUCCAAUGGCGGUAAAAUCAUGAAAAGGGCACUAGCACAUAUCAGUGAAGCCUUUGAUCUUGGAGAUGGUCUCCCACCAGUGGAUGCAGUGGUCAAUUGUACCGGGCUUGGCGCACGCUACUUGGGUGGCGUUGAUGAUGACCAGGUAUAUCCAACACGAGGUCAAACGGUGGUGGCAUAUGCACCUUCGAUCAAGGAAACUAUUACACAUUUGGGCAAAGAUUUCAUCACCUAUGUAAUACCUCGCUCGGAUGGUACAGUGGUCCUUGGAGGCACUGCAAAUAAGAAUGACUUUAAUCCCAACCCAGAGAAGGCUACCAUUGCAUCCAUUCUUGAACGCACUCAAGUCAUUUGUCCUGCAUUGAAAGACCUCGCUCCUCUAAAGAUAGUAAGACAUGGCGUUGGCCUUCGUCCUUCACGCAUCAAUGGUGCCCGUAUUGAAAACCAAUAUUAUACCAAACCCAAUGGCCGCAAAAUCCUCGUGACACAUGCAUAUGGACAUGGAGGAUUUGGAUAUCAAUCUAGCGUAGGAGCAGCAGAAUAUACAGCUGGGCUAGUGGAAAGGGGAUUGGUGGAGAGUCCAAAGUUAUAG